UUGGAAACCUAGUGUAUUUUAUAUGAAACGACGUGUACAAAUCGAGAACAUCGCAUUUUACUUUCAGUUCCGGGACAUACGCAACCCUAUUCUUCAACGAAGUAAACAUUCGAUAGAUAAAUAUUAGGCCUAUAUUGGGGUAGUGACGUAUAUGUCUACCUGUUAGUUCGUGUUAUGCCCCGUUUUAGUCUUUAGUUGAAGCAGUGUUACGCCAGCCUAAAUAAGACAUUCGUCAUUUUGGCAGUGGCGGCCGAAGACUGUAAUAAUGUCAAAAUAACAGUCGUAACAACCGUGACGUUCAUAUCACAACUUGGACAGCUUCAUGGAGAUGUGAGCAGCGUGUCUCGUAAAUAUUGUAAGCACCGCAAAUUGCUGACACGUGGAUAGAUCUUCUUUAAGGAUAUGAAGAGGAGACAAAUGGGCAAUAUAUCGAAUGCCUCAAAAACUGAGGAUUGGGAAAACGGCUCUGUAGAUGUCCCAUCUCUUCCUGUGGCGGUGUUAGAGGAGAUAUUCCAAAACCUUCCCGCUGAGCAGGUGGUGUGUGUGUGUCGGCUGGUGUGUCGUGAGUGGAGGGAUGUGGUGGACUGUGCGUGUCUGUGGAAGGAGAGGUGUCGACGGGAAGGCCUUCGGCCUAGUGACCCAGUCAAAACUCCAAGUGACUGGCGACUGUUCUAUAUCCUAUGCAAAAAGAGACGCAAUUUAUUGAAAAAUCCCAAAGCUGAGGAUGGCUUUGCGCGAUGGGAACUCAUAGAAAAUGGAGGGGACAAAUGGAAAAUAGAAGGUGUCUCUGUGGAACAUCCAGAUGGAACUGUCAACAAGCACUUUGCUACCUCAUAUUUUUCAUGUAUGAAGCGGCAGGUGGUUGACCUACAAGCCGAGGGCUACAGUCCUGCUUUCAUGGAUGAAUUUCAACCUGACAUUUUAAUAUCUGAUUGGUAUGCACCACGUUGGGAUUGUGGAUGUGAGUAUGAGAUCAGUGUUCAGCUGCUCAGUGCAGGAAAGAAAGUGCUCAAGUCUUUCAGUCCUGACAAGGUGAAUUUUGAGCAAUGGAAUGACCAGAAAUGGAAUCAGGUUACUCAUGUGUUUAGGAGCUAUGGGAGAGGCGUCCGCUAUGUGGGAUUCAUUCAUGGAGGGAAGGACACACAGUUCUGGGCUGGCUGGUAUGGAAUCCGGGUCACAAACAGCAGUGUUGAGAUCUGUCCUGCAGGGGAAACAAAAGAAAGGGUCCAACCCGAGGUCCUGCAUGGUUCUCCAGAGAACCCAAUCAGAAAAUCGCCUAGACACUUUCCAGAUUUAAACAAUGGAAAAGCAGGCCGGUGAUUCUUUCUGCUCAGUUAUUCCUACUUGCUCAUUCCCUCUUUUCUAUCCGGUCAUCUUUUAUUAUUGGAUGUAUUUCCAUAACAUGUAAAACAUAAUAUUGUCACUCUUACUCCAUCCAUCCAUCCAUCUAUCCAUCCACCAACGACUUUGCAUUUUGCGCAAUCUGGUCAAAGUGAUAAUGUGGUAAUUUAAUGCUAACCAAGUUAACACUGUUAUUUGUUGUUAUUUUGUGUUAGUAAUCCAGGUUCAUAGUAUGAAUCCAGAAUAUUAAUAAUAUUAUCAUUUUAUUAAGCCAUGGCAAAUUGAACAAGCUUGUAUUGUUAUUAUGAGUGUCACAAAUGUCUUACUUGUACGAAUGUAUCAAAUAAACUGAAUAAAUACCGGUAAAUAAACAUUUAAAAUGCAAGUGAGAAUACCUUCCAUACUCUGUUGUGAGUCACAAUGGAAAUUCAGUCACAUCUAUUUUUGUGGUGCUGGUAGUGAGGUCUUGACAAUGUUCUGAUAUAAGUGUAUAUUCCCUUCACAAUAAAAAUGUAUAUAAACAUCCUA